AUGAGACCUAAGGCCCCUCUACAACUAGGUGAACCCACGAACGUCAUCUACCGGAUCCGGUGUAACUCCUGCGAAGCCAACUACAUUGGGGAGACCGGCAAACGGCUGCAGACCCGUGUUGCAGAACACAUGAGGGCAGUAAGGCGAAUGGACCCUUUAUCUCUGGUGGCCGAACACUUCGCCGAUGCCGGACACACGUUCGCCUUUCAGCAUGCCAAAAUUCUGGGCCGCAAAAACGAUCGCAUAGCCAGGGAAUCAAUCGAGGCUUGGCACACGGGGACAACCUCCAUCAACCGCUGUGUGGCUCUUCGCAUUGCCUAUCAAGCCCUUCGAGCGCAGCUCAGUAAACAAAUGAGCAGACGUGCACCCAGGCUAAAUAUGAAGCCAGACAUGAGCGAGUCCAUGGCGGAUACACACUCGGCCACCCCUCAACCGGGUUCCGACGAAGGCGCAGUGCUCACCACAGCCGGUCCAUCUACUAGUCCGGCGGACGAGAAAACGGACAGUUGUUGCGGCGUAAACAAGAUUGCCAGGCUUGGACGACAGCUACGGUCAAUGAAGGUACGAACGACGAUCACCAACGUCUCAACACCGGCCUCCGAUGUGGAUUGA